CCUUUGGGUUUAACCCGCUCUUAAUCCCACCCAACGCCAUGAUAGACUAGUUGGUGUUUAAUAUCUCCGCGUAUCUUCAAUUGGCAGCGACAACAGUAGUACUUCACCUCCAUUUGAAACCAUGACUAGUUGCUCCGCUUUCAUACCUUGUUUUAUGCUUUUGACUCUGACGAUGAACCAAUAAAGGCACCGUCUUUCUUCAAAAUGAUACCCCGAAACAUCCCUGUUUUAGUUUAUUAGUCACCUUGACACCCCCCCUCUCUCUGUGUCUGAAGCUCAAGCAAGAAGAAUGACCAUGUUUUUUCGGUGCCAUCAGUGCUUAUGUGUAUGGCUUCUGCUCAGAGGAGGAACGGCUAUGGCAGCAACCGAGAGCAGUGAUUCGCAGACUAGAGAGCUGGAUCAGACGCCCACAUGGGCUGUUGCCGGUGUCUCUGCUUUCAUCAUCAUCAUUUCCAUGCCUUGGAAAAGGUCAUUCACAAACUUGGAACGUGGUUUACAGAAAGGCAGAAGAACGCUAUGUUUGAAGCUCUGGAGAAGGUUAAAGCGGGUAAUUCAUUGUUACUUUGAUCUCAUGGAACCAAGAAACUCAUAUGAACUUUAAUCGAUUUUUUUCCCUUUAUUUCUCAUGUUUUCUGUUUUGCGGUGCUUGUGUGGAACCACAUAUUAUGGAUUCAUAUUUGACUUCUGAUGCAAUUAUUGCAGAAUUGAUGAUUCUAGGUUUCAUCUCCCUUCUCCU